AUAAAAGAAAUUGUUAGUCACCUUAAUCCAGCGCGAUUUUACUCCCACCACGUAAAAUUUUCUCUUCUUUUUUUGAAUUUCUCAUCCUCAGGAAAAUUCUUUGUACAUGGAAUCAGGAUUUCACCUUUUCCUUCUCUUCUCUUGUUCCGUCAAAGUUUGCUGAAGGCUAAGCUCUGUUUUAUGGUGACAUCUUGCCUUUGCUGAAGAUGAAAUUUGAUUUUCUUAGUAUUGGAUGGUCUAGCAUCCAUUUGAAAGAGGAUAUGCAAGAAAACCUUGAAUCUAAGUCUGUGAUCAUCGAACAACCGGAACAAAAGGCUGGUUUUGACAUCAAGCUAUGGAUAUGUUCACUCAUAUCUCUUGUUCCUUGGGCGAUUAAUGGUAGAGAUGAUAAUCGGGGACCAACAACUAUAAACAGAAGGUUGAAGAAGCGUGCCCGGCUACAAGGGUUUAAUGACCCUACUCUCAGAGUUAACCAUGUGAAAUUUAGACCAUAUGUGUCAAAGGUCCCGUGGCAUAAAGGUGCAAGGGCAUUUCUCUCCCAGCUGUUUCCUAGGUAUGGACACUAUUGUGGACCGAAUUGGUCCAGUGGGAAAGACAAAGGUUCUCAUAUUUGGGACAGGAGACCGAUCGAUUGGUUGGAUUAUUGUUGUUAUUGCCAUGACAUAGGUUAUGACACUCAUGAUCAGGCUGAAUUGCUGAAAGCAGACUUAGAGUUUCUUGAAUGCUUGGAGAGGCCGCAUAUGAGUACUAUGGGAGAUGCUCGUGCGGCUACUAUUUACAGGACAAUGUGCAUCUUAGGUCUGAAGACUAUGUUAAUACCGUAUAGAAGACACCUGGUGAAGCUACAAGCUGGACAUCCGUUAUUUGAUUUUAGAUGGUUAAGCAAAUUCAACUGGAGAAGGAUUCAGUUGCAGAAAACCUGAAAAAUAGAUCACAGAGUUCUGGGAACUGGCCAGCCACAGGGAUGAGUCCCUAUCUUGCAAUCGCAGCAGGUAGAAGAGUAUAUAGGUAUCUGAUAUUCUAUUAUUUAUUUUUGUUGAAGUUUACCUGUGCUAGAGCUUUAUUGAAGCUUCUGUCGGGAAUAAGAACUUCCGAACCCAGUCCUCCUUUAGCUUUUCCCCCUGCCUACUGCCCGCACUGUUAAAUGAUAUACAGAACUAGCUUAACAGCUUUAAAUUUGCUUGCCACUACCUGAACAUAAAUGUCGAUAUUUUGCUUGAAUAAUUGUAUUUACAUAUAGGAUUUACAAUUCUUGAUCAUACUGGUCUUAAAUGUCAGAUGUGUGCUUUUGAGGAAAUGAAAUGCUAAUGGUAACCUCAUUUAGCUUGAA